AUGGAAAACUCAAAGGGUAAAAUCUGGUUGAGAGUUCCUUCGAAUGUUACAAACGAUGUUAUGUUUCGUUAUUUUAAUUGUAUUGGUAAUAUUCUAAGCUUCAAAAUUUGUUCUAUUGAUGAUAAAAGUAAAGUGGUAAAGUUAGUUUAUGAAAGUGAAGAGGACUGUGAAAAGUUGAGUCACUGUGCUCAUAAUGUUUGCCUUUUUGAUAAUGAGUUCAAAGUGACUGUGCUGAAGCGGGAAGGGAAGAUCUAUGGAACAAUGGGAACGGAUGGAGUUGAAUUAAAAAAAAAACAUAAGAACACUCAACUAACAGGAUCAAAGUAUGAUGGUAUCCACCUUGAUUACCCAUUAGGGUGGAUGUGA